AUGGGCCACGCACCCCAAGCGUCGCAGGACGACAUGGCCAAGAAGACGGCCACCACGGGGAGUUUCGACGAGCCCGACAAGUUGCAGGGCUAUGCAUCGACCUCGGGAGUGGUGGACGAGGUCACUCGCGUGGUCGACCACAAGGCCGAGCGACGGCUGUGCCGCCGCUUCGAUAUUCGCCUGCUGCCCAUCCUGGCCGUGAUGUACCUCUUCAAUGCCCUCGACAAGGGCAAUCUGGGUAAUGCAAAGACCGACGGCAUGACCGAGGACCUCCACUUCAAGCCCAACCAGUAUAACCUGCUCCUCUCCAUCUUCUUCGUCCCUUUCGUGGUCUUUGCGCCGCCUUUCUCCAUGCUGGGCAAGAAGUUCAGCCCAGCGCGCACCUUGCCCGUCCUCAUGUUCUCCUUUGGCUCCUUCACCCUGCUCUCCUCGGCCGCCCACAAUUUCGGCGGCAUCUUUGCCCUACGCUGGUUCCUGGGCAUGUCCGAGGCCGCAUUUUUCCCCCUGGUCAUCUACUACCUGACCACCUUCUACCGCCGGGGUGAGCUCGCCCGGCGACUGGGUGUCUUCUACGCCGCGUCCAAUAUUGCCAAUGCCUUCUCGGGCCUCAUUGCCUUUGGCGUAUUCCAGAUCAAAGGCUCGAGUCUCCCCAAUUGGCGGUAUCUGUUCAUCAUCGAGGGCGGCGUGACAGUCCUCUUUGCCGUGUUUGCCUUCUUCUAUCUGCCUCGCAGUGCGGCCGAGGCCACCUUCCUGAACGAGGAGGAGAAGGCCCUCGCUUUCCACCGCAUCCAGGUCGACUCGUCGGCCGUGGUCAACGAGAAAUUCCGGCUGCGGGAGGCGCUGGGCAUCUUCAAGCACUUCUCCACCUAUGUCUUUCUGUGCAUUGAAAUCUGCCUGGGCGUGCCCUUGCAGGGCGUGGCGCUCUUUAUGCCGCAGAUCGUGGGGCGGCUGGGCUAUCCGACGGUCAAGACCAAUCUUUACACCGUGGCGCCGAACGUGACGGGCGCGGCCAUGCUGCUGGUACUGGCCUUUGCCUCGGAUUACACCAAGCUGCGGUCGCCGUUUAUUGUGCUGGGCUUCCUGCUCACCUUUUGUGGCUUCAUGAUCUAUGCCUCGAUUGAUGAUGUGCAGAACAACCUGCAGCUGGCCUACUUUGCCACCUUCAUGAUGACCUGGGGGACCUCGGCACCCUCGGUGAUGCUGAGCACCUGGUAUAAUAACAACAUCGCGCACGAGGGUCGCCGGGUGCUGCUCACGAGUAUCGGCGUGCCCUUGGCCAACCUGAUGGGCCUGGUGGGCAGCAAUGUCUUCCGCGAGCAGGACGCCCCCAAGUACAUGCCCGCACUCAUUACCGUCUCGGCCUUUGGCGCCGCGGGGGCCUCCCUCGCGGGCCUGCUGGGCCUGUACAUGUGGCUAGACAACAAGCGCCGCGAUCGCCGCGAGGGAAUGACCAUUCGCGCGCGCGACAUUCCGACCGAGCGCAUGCGCGAUGGACCCUCGUCGGCCGAGUUCCGAUGGUUCCUUUGA